GUACAAGUAAGUCAUGUCUUUAAGAUUAUUAUCAACUUUCCCGAUGUAAUAAUUGAAGAUAGACAAACAGCGAAUGACUAUAAUGUGUAAGUCUGGAUAUAAUAAUGCCAUUGUACUAUUCGGGGUUAAAUGCCAGUGCCUUGUUUUUAACCGAUGAUGAACCAGUGGUUAUUGUCGAUGGAUUUAAGGAAAUACCAUUCAAAGGGCUAACCUCAUUUGGAAUAGGAUGGAAUUAUUUUCUUCUGUGGAAAGAGUCGGAGCUUUACAUUACUGGGAAACUCAAUGUAAAUGAUAUAUGCAUUGAAGAGCAACCUCGACUAUUAAAGAUUCCAGAGAAAGCACAAGAUUGUAAGGAGGCAGCAGUUGGGAGGGAAAGUAUUAUGAUCGUUUCAACGAGUAAUGACAUUUGGCAAUAUAAGAUUUAUGAUAAUGUAUGGAGGAAAAUUGCAAGUUUCAUUCCAAGAAACGAUGAUUCCGAUGAGGAGCAUGUUGUGAAAAUCGUCCAAGGCGGUUGCACUGUGGCUUUAACGAAUUUGGGUAAAUAGUCUGAUUAUAAUACAAUACUUAUAAAACAUGUUUUAAUGGUUUGAAAGGGAAUACCUAUCAUAUAAGAUUAUCAAUGGGUUAGUUUUUCGCUAUUUUUUGCGAUUAGUGCAAAGAGUUCCUUGAAACUGUGAUAAGUGCAUGCCCAAGUCAAAAAGACUUAUUAUUGAUUUAUACAACUGUAUAUUACAAAUUUUAUGAUGUCAUGAUCACUAAAACACGCUUCACAGGGAAGAUUGAAACACUAUUUUAUUAAUUUAAAAUGAUAAGGAAAAAUAGAAAUUAAUUUGAUUUUUCAAAAAAUAUUGUUCAAUAUAAUGCGAUUUUACCAAUUGGUUCGUAAUUUUAACGAUUCGAAUAUUCAGGCGAUAAUUUU